CGGCGCUGUGCGCUGAGGAGCCCCGCAGGAAGCUGCCGGGCGCCACAGCCGCUCGUCAGCGGGUGCCGAGCGGCCGGACCGGCUCCGCUAAGUGCGGGCCGGGGGGGGGAGCCUGGCCCCACCCGCCCCGCCCCGCCCCGCGCGGCGAGCCGAGCCCAGCCGAGUUCAGCCGUGCCCGUCCGCACCCCGGCAGGGUCCCCUCACGAUGCGGAGCGGCGCAGGCGGCUGCCGCCUGAGGGGGAGCCGAAGGUGGCCGCAGAGCACGCCGAGGAGGAGUGCGGAGGGGCGGUGGCUGCAGCAGUUAUGAAGCACUGUGCCCUGUGAUAAUUCCUUUGCUGGUCGCACCACUGGAGGAUGGCUGCCAUACUCUGUGAAAAUUGCCCUGGUCAGCACCCCUACACCCAGGUCAACCAGCCGCUGGAGAUCAACUGCAUGCUGCUUUUGAUUAUGUUUGGAAAAGUGUUCCUUGAUUUCUUCAUGUUGCAAGUUAAGAAAACAACCGUGAAAGUCAGUUUUAUGGGAUACUUCUGUGUUUCACUGGCGCUUCUUGAUUUCACACUGCUGAUGAGUAUCUCCUUCAUUUUUUAUUUUGAAGACUUUGCGCUUUGGGGUGUGCGAUUUACAAAGUACCACAUUUGCCUGUUCACUCAGGUGAUUUCUCUUACCUAUGGUAUUCUUCAUUACCCAGUGUAUCUUGUGGCUGGCCUGGAUUAUUAUAUUACUAUAGCCCAAACUUCUCAGGUGCCUAAAAGAGGUCAAAGAUUACUUUAUGUGUUUGCUGUGGUCACUAUAUGGCUUUCAGGGUUUUUUUGUAUUCUGAAAGUUCCCACUAUCUAUGAAGAACUAGACACUCAGAACCAUUUUUCUCCUUAUCGGUGUCCCCUCUAUGCCAGCCUGCAGAGUUACUCAGUCUCCUGUGCCAUGAUGCUGCUUACAGGCACAGCUCUCCUGGCCUGUUGGAAGGAAGUUACAACCAUGCUGCUAUCUGUCAGGCUAAUAUCCUUUGCCAGUCAGCCUGUUCUGAUGUUCUCUUAUGUGUCCAACAACAACAGCGCUUACUUUAGGUGGCAGCUCCUGACCAGACUCCUUAUCUGUUUUCUUGGCACUUGGGCACCUUUUGUUGUUCUUCAAAUCAUCAUUUUGUUUCUCGGUGCUCAGAUUCCAGCCUACAUGGAGAUGAAUGUCCCCUGGCUGUACUUCAUCAACAGCUUUCUCAUCGCGGUAGCAUACUGGUGUCGGUGUCACGAUGUUGAAAUGACAGAGGAGAUGUGGUCUACAGAUCCAUUUGUCAGCUGGAAAUUCUGCUUUAUCCCAUUUAACAAUGAAAGCACAGAGACAGCUGAUAAACCAGGCACAGUGAUUGUAAUCUGCUAAUGAGCUGCUGACUGAAAAGACUGCAAAUAAGUGCUGUGCAAUAGGAGAGUGUCCUCACAGAUAAUACAGGAAACAUCUCCAGAGCAACAACCAAUGUAGGAAAGUCCAGGACCCACCACCAUUGCACCAGAGCCUGGGACACACCGGGUUCCAGUGGGCAGGGAACGCCUGCCAGUUCAGAGAAUUUGACUUGAAUGUAUGGGUUUGAGGAGACCACUACUUGUAAGAAACAAAUUUUCGAUAAGCCUCAUGUUUAUGAGUAGGAUUUCACACUUCCUGUAACUGGAAUGAGCUCAGGUUUUGUAGUACAGAAUGCAAUAAAGCCUUCUUUAAAGCUGGGGCCCUUAUAUCCACGUUAUAUCCCCAUGCUAACCUACUGUCAAAGCUUCAAACAACUGCUGUGAGUUUUUGAAGCGUAUUUUCUUGUUAAAGUGUGACUUAUUGUCAGUUUGAUUGAAGUUAAGGGUUGUUGUCUGUUUAAAGAUAAAUAAAUUGUUUCAGUUAAUGUAAAGCAACUUCUACAGCUAUAGGAAA